AUGUUUGUUCAAGGUUUGAGGUUUCAAAUGGACUAUGUUUUGUUGUUUCUGUGUCUUCUAAACUCUGGAGUUGACUGCAUCACGUGCCAGGCACAAUAUCGUCGCAGGUACGCAGAGAGGCCAGAAGUGCAACUAUUGCGUGAUUUGCAUAUGGCAUGUCCUCAUUUGGUUUGUCAGCAGAAUUCCUGCAAGUGGCAGGCGGUGAUAUCUUUUCUCCAUCACGUCAUGGCAGAAAGUGAAGAAUUAUUGAUUCUGCGCAGGCAAAGCAUGGAGACACACAGCGGGCAGACCGGGGCUGCUCUGCCUCUGUUUAAUUUCCUCCCUGCUUCUGUCCCUCUCUCUCCCCUCUACUCUCCUAUCCACCUCCUGUCGUCCCCAUUACCUCAGUCUUUGUGCUGCCGUUAG